AUGAGCAUGUUUGAUCGCGAGAAGAGAUUUCUGCUUCACGAGAUCACUCGGUACGAUAUGGAGCGCUUUGUCCAGAAAAGAAUACCAGAGCACAAAAUUCCAGCGACGGUUCGGGCCCAUAUCGUGAAGGAAAUCCCAAAGAAGGCGGAGGGCGUGUUCCUCUGGGUCCGGCUAGUUGUCGGCUUCAUACGCGACGAGAUAGCGGAUGACGAAACCACCGUUCAGGCUCGAAUUGAUGACGCAACACGACGACUAUAUACUAGAUUCAAGGGAUUCAUCGAAGCCUCGACGGAUGAUGGGAUCCUCAAGUUUAUCCACCUGGACGAAGACGAAGUGGACGAAGACGAAGUGGACGAAGACGAAGUUGACGAAGACGAAGUUGACGAAGACUUGGGCGGGCAUCUGACCACGAUAUUGAACCUGCUCGGCCCCAACCCUCCUACAAGCGACGAGGCUCCGGUUGAAAAGGAGACAAUCACUGCCGAGGAUAUGCAGAACACAGAUCAGGCAACCCCGGGGAGCGAGGAGAAUUCGCUAGCCUCAGAGAAGGGGAUCUCGGCCACGGUGGGGAUCAACGUUUUCGCGUCCGCACGCAUCGGCGGACGUUGGCUCAGCAAGAACGGCAGCGCCGAGAUCCACGCCGACGCCGAGCUGCACGGGCCGCCCGUCGCCGGCACCGCCCACCUGCACUUUUGGUUCUCCAAACCAUUAAUUGAAAGUUCUCAUACCGCCCUGGUGACGUGACCUCGAUUUGCACUCUGAGACAGAUCAUGUCUCUGGCGUCGUUACUAAGUGAGGCUGUCAUGGCUGGGUGGUCUGACGGUCAUAUCAAUAGGAUAUCCCCACCUGGCCUUUAUGGCACAUCUACAUUCACUAUUC